UCUCCCCUCCUGUAUCUUGAAGUUUGAGGUUAGCACGUGGAUGGUGAUGGAUAGUGGGAGAGAUUUUAAUUUUUCAAGCUUUCAGAUUUUAAGCCCAAACUAUUUUCCGGAUUAUUUAAAAUCUUCAUAACGAGGACAAUUAUUCCCUUCUGGAGUGUACCAAACAGCCAACAAAUUCCCAGCGAAAGUGAAUUCAUCGUUACAAUGUGGGCCCGUGCAUGUUGUUAUCAGUGAUAAGCAGGAAUUCUUGUAUUCUCAGCAUUAUUUAUCCCCAAUCAGUAUAAAAUUGCAUCUUUUCGGCGCUAUUCCUCCUCAUAAUUUAUUCAAGAAAUCUUGUUUCAUUCAAAAAAGCAACUGAAACACAGCAUAAUCAAGACAUGGCCUCUGGUGGUAGUAGUAGUUUUCAGAUGAACACCAAUGGACAAAGCGGACGGGUCUUCGAUAAUGAAGACUCGAGUGGUGCAAGUUCUGGUGAAGAGUGGGAAGAAAUGGACUGCGAGCCCACUGAAGUCGAUUGCCUUUUUUGCGAUCAAAUUUUCAAAGAUGUGGAAAGUGCUCUUCCUCAUUGUGCCGCCGCUCAUCAGUUUGACCUUGCCAGGCUAAAAGUUAGCCUGAAUCUUGACGAUUAUUCAUACAUUAAAUUGAUUAAUUACAUCAGGAGAAACAAACUGGAUCCAAAGACUGACCUUUCCAAUUCAUCCAAGUGGAACACGGAUGAAAAUUUACAAAUGGUAGUCCCGAAUGAUCCAUGGAUAUGUUUCGAUAUAGAAGAUUUGGCAGUGUCAGAAAUAACAAAGAUUUCAGAUUCACAGGACACUGUCAAUGUGUGUGCUGCAAGUCCUGCUAGUUCGAAUGGAAACUUAAGUUCAGAGUCAGUGAAUGAACUAGAAUCUACCAUUUCUCAAUUGAAACUUGAGUUGCAAGAUAAAGAAUCUCGCCUGGUAACAGCAGCAGAAGAGUUCAAAAAAAUGAAACAACUUCUCCAGUCUGUUGUUCUGGAUGAUGAGCAAGAGGAUAAAAAGUCAGUUCCUUUGAGUGUCAAAGCCAUCUCUGCUCCUGCAGAUUAUUCCUAUUUCGAUUCCUACGCUGAUUUUGAUAUUCACCGAGAGAUGUUGAUGGAUCGUGUAAGAACAAGUUCUUACAAGAACGCCAUAAUGAAAAACUCGGAGACUUUCCGAGGCAAAACAGUCCUAGACGUAGGUUGUGGCACAGGGAUUCUAUCAAUGUUUGCUGCUGAUGCUGGUGCUGAGAAAGUGAUCGGAAUUGACAUGUCAAAUAUUAUUUACAAUGCAAUGGAUGUUAUCAGAGUCAAUGGAUUUAAAAAUGGUGAAAAAAUAGAACUGGUGAAAGGUAAAAUUGAAGAUACAGAGUUACCUGUCGACAAGGUGGACAUAAUAAUCUCAGAAUGGAUGGGCUACUUUCUGCUUUUUGAGAACAUGUUGGACAGCAUAGUGUACGCACGAGAUCAUCAUUUGAAACAGCCUGGAGGAAUAAUCAUGCCCAAUAGAUUUUCAUUGGAGCUCCUCGGAGCAAGUGAUAUGUUACUUCAUGAAGAAUCUCUGAAAGCGUGGGACAAUUGUUAUGGUUAUAAUCUUAGUUUUCUGAGAGAAGAGUACCUCGAGAAACCUAUUGUCAGAACCAUCGAACCAGACAAGAUUAUUACCUCCAGUUCAGUUCUACUAAACCUCGAUGUUUAUACCUGUGAUACAAAUAGCGUCAACUUCUCAUCCACCUUUAAGCUGAAUGUUUUACGGAAGGCCCAGUUAACGUGUUUAGUUGGAUACUUUGAUACGUUCUUUGAGAUGCAGGAUGUAGUUUCUUUUUCUACUGGACCAAAAUCUACUCCUACGCAUUGGAAGCAGACUGUAUUCUUACUCCCAGAACCUGUCAAUGUCUCUGAAGGACAAAUUAUUGAAGGAACGUUGGUUUGCAGGAGGCACCCCAAAGAAUUAAGAUCUCUUCUGGUUAAAAUUAGUAUUUUUGAUUUGAAACUGAAAUUUACCAUUAACUAGUUAAGUUUUUCUCUAUUUUUAUAUUAUUUAUAUUAAAAACAUCCUUGAAAACAUC